AUGGUGUCGUAUUUAUGUGCAGCAAAAAUAACCCAUCGUGGUGUUUUUAACCCGAUUAAGAAAAAAAUGUUGCGUAAAGGUGAUAUCCCCGGAGCUGCCCUCAAUGAAAUUUCAACCAAAAGAACCAUUUCUACAACAAUAAAAUUGGUUAACUAUAAUCCCUAUUUUUUGGUUCGAAAAAAUGAAAAAGGGGACUGCAGAUUUUUUCACCAUAGGAAUAAUUUAAGCAGCCAUUUUUUUGAAGGCAGAAAAGGACUCGGAGGAAGCAAAAAUAGCAUUUCGUAUAGCAACAAAAUUGAUCAAAAGUAUGAGGAAAAUCCUUCAGAGGGUUGUGCAGAUGAGGAAAAUUUUCCAAAUGUAGAAAAGACUGCUAACUGGAAAUGGGAAGAAACGAGCCGACAUGAGAAUCUCACAAAUGGAGAUAGCCCGCAGAGUGGACAGAACAAAAUUUUAAACAGACAUGAAUACGUCGAUCUGAAUUUGCUAAACAUCGAUGAAGAAAUUGUGAAUAACUUAAAGCAUGUACUUGUCUACAACAAGACAGGGACGGGGAAAACGCUCAGCUACUUGCUACCGUUAAUACAAAAAUUGAUAAAUGAAAAAUUCGAUUGUAAGAGGAAGAUAUUAAUUUUGACGCAGAAUAUUUAUCUCUGCAAACAGUUAUAUAUUUACAUUUUGUCCAUUUACCCCAAUUUAAAUGUGUGCAUUUUGUUCGAUGAACAUGAUCCGUCCGAUCGUGUGAAAAAAAUAAAGCAAGACGUAAUUGGGAAGGAAGAAUUCGCUCACAAGUUGAAUGAACAGAAUAGCGAUUUGUAUAGAGAAAACUACGGCAUCCAUUUUUACCUAGCCACGCCAAAUAAAUUAGAGUUUUACAUAAAGAAUUAUAAGAAUACGAAAAAAAAUGAAAAGAACGUCAUGAACAAUAUUUUAAAUUGUGUGCACACCAUCGUUGUAGAUGAGUUUGAUUACAUAGUCGAAAGUAGAAAGUUGAUUUUCAAUUUUUUAUUUAAAAGGGAUUUGCUAAACGGGGGGGAUGAUGAGGUGACCGCAAAAGGGAAUGAUACUAAUGGGGAAAAAUUUAAUCGUGAAAAUUAUCAAAUAUAUUUGUUCACAGCAAAUAUGAAUGAACUGAUGAGGAAAAAAAUUAACGACCAUUUAUGCGGUUUUGUUUUUUUUGAUUUUAUUAAUGGGGUUAAAGAAGUUAUUCAAAAUAAAGUGGAUGAAGAAAGAGCGAGUGUGUUAAAAAAUUCGCAACAUAUAAUUCAGUUGCUCAGCAGAGAGAACAAGUCUUCCAGCCUGUGCAGCUUAAACAUCGCCCACUUUAUAUGCAAAAUAAAUACCCCCUCGAAGUAUAAGUAUGUAUCGUACUUUUUAAAUGAGUUUUUUUUUUUAAAGAGAAAAAAUGUGUCAGGGAAAAGAGGGACCCACCAGUUGUCGGACAAAAAUGACGAGUGCGAUGGUGACAAGUUGAUCCGGGAUUACAUGGGCAGGGACCCCCUUGAGGAGAGGGAGAAGGAGGAUAAAAUAAGCAAGUGCAUAAUUUUUGCCAACUCCAAGGAAGAGGUCGAAAAGCUGCACGAGAACUCCUUCCUGAAGCCCCACUCAGUUAUGAUGCACUCGGAACUGCUAACGUUGCAGAAAAACGAAAAUAUAAAUCUGUUUAAGUUGGGGAAAAAACCCAUCCUCAUCACGACGGAUAUCGUGAGCAGGGGGCUCGACAUAGAUAACGUUAUUUUCAUUCUGAAUUACUCGCCCCCUACGUCCCCAAAUGAUUACAUACAUAGAUCGGGUCGAACCGGAAGAGCGAAAGAGAAGGGAGUCUGCCUAACGAUGUACCAUAAAUAUGAAUAUAAAAAUCUGGACAAGAUAAUGAAGUAUACCAAAAAUAAUUUCCAAGUUAUUUUAUGCCCCCAUGUAGAUGAAGUCUACAAAUUUUCAGUGGACAGUUUGACAGAAAGCAUAAUGAAGAUCGCCCCGGAGGAAUACGAAUUUCUUAAUGAUAGAUCAAAGGAGCUACUAAAAACGCAUGGUACAAAAAUCAUCGCGCAGAUACUCUCCGUUUUGCUAAAACAUGACAGAAAGGGACACAGCGUUUCUCUGCUAUCUGGAAAGAAGAACUACGUCGCUGUUUUGAUAAAGGACCCCUUUUUUGAGGCAAUAAAAAAUAAGGACGAUAUUGUUAACUUGAUGAAAGUCACCACGGGAAAUAAAAACAUGUCAAAUGUUGUCGGAGAUGUGGCCAAAUGUGAUGAGGGCUACAUUGCAGACAUUUCUAGCACGCACGUUAAUAAAAUUAUAAGCUUGUACAAUAGCUCCAACUCGGAAUAUAAGAACAAGGGUGUACAAAUUGACACUGUAAUAGAAUUACCUCCAUUGAUUCGCGAAAAAAAAACCAUCAUAAGAAAAAACAGAAAAGUCCCAUGGAUAAAAUAG